AUGCCACCUAUCGACAUCAGCACUUCCACCUCGCCCAAGCCGGGAAGCACAGCGACAAGCGCCCAUGAUUGUCUCAGAACCAUGGAGCCCAAAGCUCGUAAAGCAUGCAACGGCCUUCAAAAAUACUCAACCAUAUUUGUCUUCACAGUCAACUGUCGCAAGCAGAAGAUGAAAUGCAGAAUUGACCACGGCGUCAUCUGUCGCCGAUCGGGGUAUUGGAGGCUCAACAGCUUUGGCUCCGCCGGGGUCCCUGACGUGAUGAUCUCGAGCUUCUCCGUGGACAUUAUGCGUCGAGUCAAAGCCAUAGAAGAACACCUUGGGAUUUCAAGCCAUCCAAGCUCACCACAGGAGGCAGAGAUAGACGCAGAGGUAGACGUUAUCCAGCUUGAAGGGUUGCCAAGUGAGAGGCAGGAGUUUGAGCAUUUAUGGGAAGCCACAGCCUGUCUAGAGCACUGUACACCUAGUCAAUCCGAGCAGGGAUUAUGGCAACGAGACUUGAUCAAGCAUCUCUUUCAGACAUUCCAUGAAAAAAUGCCCGGUUUUCAUUUCCUUCCCGCCCAACAGCGAUGUUUAUCUCCAAACCCGCUUCUCCUUGCCGCCAUUCUUUAUUGCUCCAGCGUCCGUGGAACUGCCGACGUUGCUCCACUAGCACCGAAAUAUUUCUCGGUCCUAUGCAGCGCUAUAUCUCAGCUCACUGUUCCCAACAGUAUUAUUGGAACACCACCAAAAGAUCCAGCAAAUGCAGAAAAGUGGGCUUUUCAGACCGUAUUGGCACUUAUUUUGGCCGGACUACUCGCAGAGGCACGUGUACGUGAAACCGGUGUUUGGAUAUCGAUUGCCUACCGGCUUAUCCUCGAGAACUAUCCCUCUCUGGAAGAGCAGAAAGCCGGUGACUGGCGAAAACUCUUCAACGGCGUGCAAAUUGUAGAUCUUGAACAUGCCUCCUUGCAUCUGUCAUCGCCUGUUAUCCCCAUCGACCCUCCCAUUGCGCCACUGCGCACUUCUCAUGGCGACCAGCUGCAUCGUUUGUCUCGCAUGAUGCACGUGGGAUUGUCGCAUUUUACUGGUAGAAAGCUUCCCACAAUCUGGUCUUGCUUUACUGGGAAUGACUCGAGUGGUUUAGGCAUGACUCCAGUCUCGCAAUUUGGUUCACUAUCGCCCUUUACUGCAGUUGAUGGUGCAGUGAUUCGUGACUGGGCCAGGCGGCUCGAUGAGUGGCUUGUUGAGUUCACCAAGAACACACACGAUUCACAUGUUGACAGGAUAACUGUAUUCCGGCAAUAUGUGCUUCACAGACUUCUGGUCCUGUCUAUAUACCAUCCUGCCCGGGGAUGCAACCUGUAUUCCAAGAAUAUGACACCACACGAACAAUAUGAACUGCUACUUUCAGCCCGAGCAACUAUCAAACUGCACAAUGAUGAUAAAACAAUUUGGUCCAAUUGGGACUUGGUCAUGAUUACUUGGGCGGCCUUGAUCGUCUUGCAAGGGGUAGAGGGUGGGGUUGGAGAGCCUGAUGAUAUUACUAAUAUACGCGUCCAUUUGGAAACUUUGGCUGCCACAAAUGAGCCGAGGCCCAAUCUUCGUAGCAUCCUGGCCAUGCGGCUUGAAGAGGCAAUGAAUGGAAUCCAUACACCUAACCUUAAAGCUAUGCAAAGCCAACAAGAGCAAAAUGCAGCUUUUACACCAUCCCUGGAUCCCGGCUAUGAGUACCCAAUACAUAUUUUCAGUCAGGAAAUUUUAGGAGAGGUUUUGUAUCCUGUGUGGCCAGACUCUUCGGUGCAAAUUUCCGACAUGAUAUGA